AUGUUAAGCUCAGCGCAUCGACCAGCAUGGAAUGCGUUUUUAGAGUCUAAACUGUUUUUCAAAGCACCAUCAGACGUGUAUAAUGUCUUUGGGCUGGCGUUGGAGCUGCGACCGACAAGUCCCUGUGAGGCUUUUGUGGACACAUUGGGGCUUCGCUUAAUCGGCUUAUUUGACUUGCUGGCAGCUGCGGAAAAGAAUAAAGUAACGGUGGACAAACCACUAUACCUGCACGGACGUUUCUUUUUUGACCCGCCAGAGGUAGCAGCUGUUAUGCUCGACAGUGACAGCAAUACAGGUCGCCAUUGGGGAUACUUUAGAGAUGCUCCUGAUCAAAUUCCAGAGUAUAUUGUGUGCGCAGAGAAGAGUAACGAGUGCAAAUUUGAUAUAGCCGGCUCCAGUCUUUUUGACGUAUUGGAAACAAGAUUACAGACACGUCAAUCUACCCUCGGUGACUAUGAGGCUGCCAAUCUGUCUCAGAAGAUUAAAGACUAUCGCACAGAGAAGUUGCGGUCUCAAGCAUGGUCAGUAUCGGCUCUUCAAGAUAAGAGGUCGAAAGAUAUCGUUGCUGCAUCACUACAUCAACUUGGUAUUGUGGUCCCAGUGGACACAACGAACAAUACAGGGUAUCGCGAGCUACCUGUGAGCGGACAAGAUCUUGUUGAUCUGUUACAACAAUUUCAAUCGGACGAAAGUAGCCAGAAUCGGAUGGCGCGCAAUAAAUUAAGCGAGUUAAUGACUAGAGUUACGAUUGCCAGCGAUGAAUGCGACUUUGGAACUGGUCUCCUGCUAGGACUCGACUUUUUCACCACCGGCUCGUGUCUUGAGAAGGAAGCUUUGCAGCUACUUCAGGUUGCUUACACACUGUUAGAUCGAAUGAAUUACUACAACAUUUUAUCAGGUCAUUGCAAGUAUCGCAACAAGUGCGAUUUCUAUACAUGUAUUGAAUCUCUUGUCGCACCGUCUAACGUAAAGAGAUCUAGAAAAGAGAACAAGCAAGAAACAUUCGAACUUCCACCACCAUUGUUCAAUAAUGGCGGCAAGUGA